AUGGAUAUCCCUUCCAUGAUAACUCCUGUAGCUCAAAUUUGUGGUGGCAAAAUUGAAAUUAAUUUGAAGGUUAGAGUAAUUCAUCUUUGGAUUAUACCGGAUCGCAUAAAUUCAGCAGAGAAUGGAACUCUCCAUAUGCUCUUAUUGGAUGAAAAGUGUGGAAAAAUUCAUGCAACAAUUCGAAAAAAUCUCAUGCCACAAUUUAAGGAUAAAAUUUUAGAAGGUUCUACGUAUGUUUUUGAAAAAUUUUUGGUUGCUCUGAAUGAUGUUUCAUUCAGAACCACAAACCAUAAGUAUAAGCUCAAUUUUAUGGGAUCUACAAAUUUAUUCAAAGUGAAUGCCCCGGAGAUACCUCUUCAUCAUUUUGAAUUUAUGUCAUUUCUUGAUAUCCUGUCUUCAACAAAAGAGGAUAAAUUACUCGAUAUUAUUGGCCAUGUCGUAGAGAAAAACAAUAUCAAAGAAAUCGAAAAAAAUGGCACCAAAGUUAUGGAUAUUACACUUGAAGAUUUGGAUAACAAUAGAAUUCAUUGUACUUUAUGGAGUGAAUUUGCUGAAAUGAUGGAACAAUUUUUGGAAAAACAUGACUCUUCACACAGUGUCAUCAUCAUACUGCAAAUCUGCAAGUUGAAGAAGUAUUACGGCAAAAUGGGUGUGUCUAACUCAUUUUUUGGAACAAAAAUGUUUUUGAAUACUGAUAUACCUGCUAUUAACGACUAUAAAUUGAGGAUGACUGAGGAAAAUGUGGAUUUGACUCAAGGUGUUAGUCAAAUGAUCGGACCAACCAUAAUUCCAUUGGCAGAUGAUUUACUCCAAACCAAAAAAAUGACUAUUGAAGAUUUGAUUGAAUCUACAGAAAAAUGUUUUGGCUCUGUCUUAGUAAGAACAUGUGAGCUUGAUACUGAUGCAGGAUGGUUCUAUCAAGCAUGCUCCAAAUGUGCCUCAAAAAUUAAUAUAAUUGAAGGAAAGCUAUAUUGUGACAGAUGCAAGAUGCCAAAAACUGCCGUUCCUAGGUUUAAGGUUCAUAUACAAGUCAUAGAUAAGACCGGAUCAACAACUUUUAUUUUGUUUGAUCGCAUUGUGUCUCAAGUGCUGGGCAGAAAUGUACAAGAUCUGCUUGAUUCUAUGGGUCAGGGGAGUAAUGCUAAUGCUUAUCCAUCAGACUUGGAUACAUUUCUGGACAAACAAAUAUUAUUCAAAGUUGAAGUUAGUGAUGGAAACAUAUUUCAAAAUUGGCGUAGCUAUACUGUCAAAAAACUUACCGAAGACACUGAUAUAAUCAAACAAUUCAUAUCCAUUAAUGGGAUUAAGAUAACUAAUAAUGAAGAGAAAGCUGAACAUGUCGAAGAAGUAACUAGACUUGCUGAUGAGAAACCGGUGGAGAUUAUUGAAAGGGGUAAUUCAAAGACCGAAAAUGAAGUUGUGGUACUUGGAAAGAGAAAGGAUCGAAGUUUAGAAUCAUUAGACACAAUUGAUCUCGAGGAAAAGCAACUUGGAGUGGCAGAAAUUCAACGUCUCAAUCGACUCAAAAGGAAGCAACAACUUGAUUUGAAACAAAAUCAACAUGGAAAAAAUAAGGAAGAAAGUCAACGUCUCAAUCAGCUCAAAAGGAAGCAACAACUUUCAGACAUUGAUUCUUUUAUUGAAAAUCAUAAUGAGUACAACAACAUGGUACCCAUCACAAAUGGAGAAGAAUCAGAUAUACCUUCUAAUUCAGAAAAGCAACAUGGAGAAAAUGAUGCAGAAAUUCAACGUUUCAAUCGGCUCAAAAGGAAGCAACAACUUGAUUGGAAACAAAUUGAUUCUUCUAUUGAAAAUCAUAAUGAAUACAACAACAGGGUAUCCAUCACAAAUGGAGAAGAGUCGGAUAUAUCUUCUAAUUCAGAAAAGCAACAUGGAGAAAAUGAUGCAGAAAUUCAACGUUUCAAUCGGCUCAAAAGGAAGCAACAACUUGAUUUGAAACAAAUUGAUUCUUCUAUUGAAAAUCAUAAUGAGUACAACAACAUGGUAUCCAUCACAAAUGGAGAAGAGUCGGAUAUACCUUCUAAUUCAGACAUUAUGUCAAUGGUGGAAAAUGACAAUGAGUUAAACACCAUGGUAUGCAUGACAAAUGGAGAAGAGUCAAAUGUACCUUCUAAUUCAGGGAUUCAAUUUCCGUUACAAAUUGACAAUGAACAAUUAGAUGAUACUGCUAAGUCAGAUUCGCAAUAUUUAAAUAUGGGUCACCCAAUAUGUGUUUGUGAAUUCUGUGGUGCAUUGAUGUGGUAUGAAGAACGCGUUCAAAAACAGUAUAGACCACUGACACCAAAAUUUUCAAUGUGUUGCAUGCAAGGCAAGAUUGUAAUUGCUCCAUACCCCAGUCUUCCUCAAUCUUUGCAUGAUUUGUAUCACAAACAUGACAGAAGGAGUAAAUUCUUUUUGGAAAAUAUUAGAUCUUUCAAUAGUAUGUUUGCUUUCACCUCUAUGGGAGGAAAAAUAAAUAAGGAAAUAAAUAAUGGUAAUGCACCACCAAUAUUUGUGAUGAAUGGUGAAAACUUUCAUCAAAUUGGAAGUUUGUUGCCUUUACCAGGGAACCAACCAAAAUUUUCUCAACUAUACAUCUACGACACUGAUAAUGAAAUAACUAACAGAAUGGCCGUUGUCAGAAUGGAUGGUGAAGACUUUGAGUUGAAAUCAACAAUUGUUAGCGAUAUAAGGGAAGUUCUUGAUAAUUUCAAUCCCUAUGUCAAAACAUAUAGAAUAAUUCGAGACACCAUAACAAAACAAAAUGCUCCAACUAUGAAGUUAAGAAUAUUAAGAAAGAGAGGUUGUGAUGGUCGACGAUACAAUCUUCCAACAGCUUCAGAGGUGGCAGCAUUGGUCGUUGGUGAUUUUGAUUCAGUAGACUUUGAUAGGGAUGUUGUUGUUGAGACUCAAUCUGGAUUGUUGCAACGUAUUUCUGUAUUUGAGCCAGCAUAUUUACCAUUACAAUAUCCACUUCUAUUUCCUAGAGGAGAAGACGGGUUUCGAAAAGAUAUUCCAUAUAAUGAAGAUACUAAUACGUCCACUUCAAAAAGGAAGUUUGUCACACAAAAAGAAUGGGUUGCCUACAAAAUUCAACAAAGAGAUACAAAUACGUCAACAUUAUUGUUUUCUAAAAGAUUAUUUCAACAAUUUUUGGUGGAUUCAUUUAGUGCAAUAGAGUCUUCGCGCUUGAAGUGGAUUAGAGAUCAUCAAAAAGACUUAAGAGCAGAAAUCUACAAGGGGUUAACCGAGGCCAUUCUUAGAGGAGAGACUAAUCCAACUUCAUCAGGAAAAAGAAUUGUGUUGCCGUCUACAUUUGUUGGUGGAGCAAGAUAUAUGAUACAAAAUUAUCAGGAUGCCAUGGCAAUUUGUGGUUGGACAGGAUAUCCUGACUUAUUUAUCACUUUCACAUGUAACCAUAAAUGGCCUGAAUUGGUUGAUUUUUUGAAAACAUAUCACCUAAAUCCAGAGGAUAGGCCCGAUUUAGUGAGUCGACUUUUCAAAAUUAAACUUGAUCAGUUAAUAAAAGACAUCAAGAAAGGCACUAUUUUUGGAAAAGUCAAAUCAGUAAUAUACACUAUUGAGUUUCAAAAGCGCGGACUCCCACAUGCUCACAUAUUGGUUUUCCUUGAGACUAAUUAUAAGUGUGUCUGUCCUAAUGAUAUUGACAAAAUAAUAUCUGCCGAGAUUCCAGAUAAAGAUAAAGAGCCUGAGUUGUUUAAAGUGGUAUCUUCAUUGAUGAUUCAUGGUCCAUGCGGCGCUCAAAAUAAAAAAUCUCCAUGCAUGCAUAAUGGAAAGUGUUCAAAACAUUUUCCAAAAAAAUUUGCUGAUUCUACCGUUAUUGAUGAAGAUGGAUAUCCGGUAUACAAAAGGAGAGACAAUGAUGUGUUUAUUCAAAAAGGUGACUCAUUUGUAGAUAACAGGUUUGUGGUUCCUUAUAAUAAACAUUUGUUAUUGAAGUAUAAUGCUCAUAUAAAUGUGGAGUGGUGCAAUCAGUCACGGUCAAUUAAAUAUCUUUUUAAAUAUGUCAACAAAGGGCAUGAUCGUGUCACUGUUGCCUUUUAUAGCAGUGGAAAUGAGCAAAAUAAAUCUGAUUGUUUGGAUGAAAUAAAGAUGUACUACGACUGUAGAUAUUUGUCAGCAUGUGAAGCUGUUUGGAGAAUAUUUUCUUUUGAUAUUAAUUAUAGAGAACCAUCAGUGGAACGACUCAAUUUUCAUUUAAAGAAUGAGCAACAUGUGAUAUAUGAUGAUUAUGCUGACAUUCAGGAUGUUGUGAACAAAAAAUAUGUUCAUUGUACAAAAUUUUUGGCAUGGAUGGAUGCCAACAAAAUAUAUCCUGAAGCAAAAAAUCUUACAUACAGUCAAUUUCCAACAAAGUUUGUGUGGAAAGUUGAAGAACAUAAAUGGGCUCCACGAAAACAAGGAUUUGCAAUUGGAAGACUUCAUUUUGUUCCCCCUGGAUCUGGUGAGAUAUUUUAUUUGAGAACUUUGCUAAAUUAUGUGAAGGGUCCUACAUCUUUCGAAGAAAUAAAAACAGUUAAUAAUGAUACAAAAAAGACUUUUAAGGAGGCUUGCUAUGCAUUGGGAUUUUUGGAUGAUGAUAAGGAAUACAUAGAUGCAAUUGUGGAGGCAAGCCAAUGGGGUACAGGAGAAUAUUUGCGCCUAUUGUUUGCAACUUUAUUAUUGUCAAAGCAAAUAUCUCGCCCAGAUUUUGUUUGGAAUAACACUUGGGAGUAUUUGUGUGAUGAUAUCUUACAUAAGCAACGACGCCUUCUUCACAUUGAAGAUUUGGUCUUGACUCCCGAUCAACUGAAAAGCUACGCUUUAGCUGAAAUAGAGACAUUCUUACAAAGUAAUAACAAGAGUUUAGAAGAUUAUCCUGAAAUGCCUCAAGCAGAUGUGUCAUUAAUACCCAAGAGAAAUAAUACAUUGAUUUAUGAUGAGUUGAACUAUGACAGAAAAUCUUUGGUUGAGGAGCAUCGUAGAUUAAUGUCAACAAUGACUGUUGAACAAAAAGGAAUAUAUGAUCGUAUCAUGAAAAGGGUAAACGAAAAUAAACCAGGAUUUUUUUUCCUUUAUGGAUAUGGAGGAACUGGAAAAACUUAUAUUUGGAGAUCAAUGUCAGCAGCAUUAAGAUCAAAGGGUGAGAUUGUUAUAACAGUAGCUUCAAGUGGGAUAGCUGCAUUGCUUAUUCCAGGAGGGAGAACAGCACACUCAAGGUUUUGCAUACCUAUAAAUGUUGAUGAAUGCUCAACAUGCGAAAUAGCUCCAAAAAGUGAUUUGGCCGAUUUAAUAGCCAAGGCAAAGAUGAUCAUAUGGGAUGAAGCACCAAUGAUGCAUAAGCAUUGUUUUGAAGCUGUUGAUCGCACUUUAAGGGAUAUUCUUCGAUCUUAUAAUAAUGGAAGUUUAGAUAUCCCAUUCGGUGGAAAAGUAGUGGUUUUGGGUGGAGAUUUUCGCCAAAUCCUUCCUGUAAUACCUAAAGGAACUAGACAAGUCGUUGUUCAUGCUACUAUCAAUUCUUCCUAUCUUUGGAAUUUUUGUGAAGUUCUUACAUUAACUACAAACAUGAGACUUCUAACUGGAAGUUCAACGUCUGAUAUUGAAGAAAGAACGGAAUUUUCUCGGUGGAUUUUGGGAAUUGGUGAUGGAAGUAUUGGAGAAACUAAUGAUGAAGAUAUCACAAUCAAUAUACCAAACAAUUUUCUAAUUCCAAGUUUUGGUGAUCCACUUGCCGCUAUUGUUCAAAACACAUAUCCAAAUCUUUUCCAAAAUAUGAGUGACCAGACAUUUUUUCAAGAUAGGGCUAUAUUAGCUCCUAAGAAUACAAUUGUUGACUCAAUCAAUGAUUACAUGCUGGAUUUAAUAAGUGGAAAAGAAAUAAUAUAUUUGAGUUUUGAUUCUCCGUAUUAUAAAAACUCUGAUGUGGACAUCCCAAAUGAUAUACACACUCCUGAAUUUUUGAACACAAUUAUUUCUUCUGGACUUCCAAAUCACAAGUUAAGAUUAAAAGUUGGAGUACCAGUAAUGUUAUUGAGAAAUAUUGAACAAUCUUUAGGUUUGUGUAAUGGAACACGAUUAAUAAUUACAAAAAUGGGAAAAUAUGUCGUUGAAGCAAAGGUCAUUUCAGGAAGCAAUAUUGGUCAAAAAGUUUAUAUUCCAAGGUUAUCAUUGACUCCUUCUGAUAAGAGAAUCCCUUUCAAAUUCCAACGGCGGCAAUUUCCAUUAGCUGUUUCAUUUGCAAUGACUAUCAAUAAAAGUCAAGGACAAUCACUCAAACAUGUUGGAGUAUAUCUACCACAACCAAUUUUCUCUCAUGGACAACUAUAUGUUGCCAUAACACGGGUUACUUCAAAAAAAGGGUUGAAGAUACUGGUGACUAAUGAUGAAUGUGAAGAUAUAGAUACAACAUCCAAUGUAGUUUACAAAGAAAUAUUUAAUAAUAUUCUUUAG